CUCCACGCCGGGACCCUCCUCCCAUCCUCCUCUGGGCCACCCCGGCGGUCCCCACCCCAAGCCGACGGAGAGGUAGGAGCCCAGGCAGGCUCCAUAUCCUGAGCACCAGGAUCCCCCAGGACGCCCUCUGUCCCCUCAGGCCUUGAGGACACGUUAUCGGGUUCACCUGAAUUUCUCAGGUCUGGAUGCUGCUGUAAGGACCUGGUCUCUGCAGAGACCUGGUCCUCUAGGCUUGUGGCUGCAGUGCCCCUCACCGGCCAUGUCAUGUCACAGGCCUCUGCGAUGUCGUCACCUCUGUGCUCCCUCCUUCUGGCCCUGGGCCUGAGGCUGGCUGGAACUCUCAACCCCAAUGACCCCAAUACCUGCAGCUUCUGGGAAAGCUUCACCACCACCACCAAGGAGUCCCACUCUCGCCCUUUCAGUCUGCUCCCCUCGGAGACCUGCGAUCAGCCCUGGGAGAGCCCUCACACCUGCCCUAAGCCCAUGGUUGUCUACAGGACUGUCUACCGCCAGGUGGUGAAGACGGACCACAGAAAGCGCCUUCAGUGCUGCCAGGGCUUCUACGAGAGCCGUGGGGCCUGUGUCCCACUUUGUGCCCAGGAGUGUGUCCAUGGCCGCUGUGUGGCACCCAAUCAAUGCCAGUGUGUGCAAGACUGGCGAGGUGACGACUGCUCCAGUGCGUGUGCCCCAGGAGUGUGGGGGCCACAGUGUGACAAGCCCUGCAGCUGUGGCAACAACAGCUCCUGUGACCCAAAGAGUGGGGCAUGUUCCUGCCCCUCUGGUUUUCAGCCCCCGCACUGCCUUCAGCCCUGCUCCCCUGGCCGUUAUGGCCCUGCCUGCCAGUUGAGCUGCCAGUGCCAUGGGGCACCCUGUGACCCCCAGACUGGAGCCUGCUUCUGCCCCCCAGGGAGAACUGGGCCCAGUUGUGAGGUGACCUGUCCCCGGGACACUGUUAGCUUCUCCUGCCCCAGCACCUCUCCUUGCCACAACGGGGGUAUCUUCCAGGCCUCCCAGGGCUCCUGCAGCUGCCCACCUGGCUGGAUGGGCACCAUCUGUUCUCUGCCCUGUCCGGAGGGCUUCCAUGGACCCAACUGCUCCCAGGAAUGUCACUGUCACAACGGUGGCCUCUGCGAUCGGUUCACUGGGCAGUGUCGCUGUGCUCCUGGCUACACGGGGCAUGGGUGCCGGGAGGAGUGCCCCGUGGGCCACUUUGGACAGGACUGUGCUGAGACGUGCGACUGCGCGCCCGGGGCCCGCUGCUUCCCAGCCAACGGGGCGUGUCUGUGCGAACACGGCUUCACCGGGGACCGCUGCACGGAGCGCCUCUGCCCCGACGGCCUCUUCGGCCUCAGCUGCCAGGUGCCCUGCACCUGCGACCCAGAGCACAGUCUCAGCUGCCACCCGAUGAGCGGGGAGUGCUCGUGCCAGCCUGGCUGGGCCGGUCUUCACUGCAACGAGAGCUGCCCUCAGGACACGCACGGGCUGGGCUGCCGGGAGCACUGCCUCUGCCUGCACGGCGGCGUCUGCCAGCCCGACAGCGGCCUCUGCCGGUGCGCGCCCGGCUACUCGGGCCCGCACUGCGCUAGCCUCUGUCCGCCCGACACUUACGGCCUCAACUGCUCCUCCCGCUGCUCCUGCGAGAACGCCAUCGCCUGCUCGCCUAUUGACGGCACUUGCGUCUGCAAGGAAGGUUGGCAGCGUGGUAACUGCUCUGUGCCCUGUCCACCUGGAACCUGGGGAUUUGGUUGCAAUGCCAGCUGCCAGUGUGCCCACGAGGCAGCCUGCAGCCCCCAAACUGGAGCCUGUACCUGCACCCCUGGGUGGCACGGGGCCCACUGCGAGCUCCCCUGUCCAAAGGGGAAGUUUGGUGAAGGUUGUGCCAGUCGCUGUGACUGUGACCACUCUGAUGGCUGUGACCCUAUUCAUGGACACUGCCAGUGCCAGGCUGGCUGGACAGGUACUCGAUGCCACCUGCCCUGCCCUGAGGGCUUCUGGGGAGCCAACUGCAGCAACACCUGCACUUGCAAGAAUGGGGGCACCUGCAUCCCUGAGAAUGGCAAUUGUGUGUGUGUACCUGGAUUCCGAGGUCCCUCCUGCCAGAGACCCUGUCAGCCUGGCCGCUAUGGCAAACGCUGUGUGCCCUGCAAGUGUGCUAACCACUCCUCCUGCCACCCCUCGGAUGGAACCUGCUACUGCCUGGCUGGCUGGACUGGCUCGGACUGUUCCCAGCCAUGCCCUCCAGGACACUGGGGAGACAACUGUGCCCAGCCCUGCCAGUGUCACCAUGGUGGGACCUGCCACCCCCAGGAUGGGAGCUGUUUAUGCCCCCCAGGCUGGACUGGACACCUCUGCCUGGAAGGCUGUUCUCCAGGGAUGUUUGGUACCAAUUGCUCCCAACCAUGCCAGUGUGGUUUUGGAGAGAGGUGCCACCCAGAGACUGGGGCCUGUGUGUGUCCCCCAGGGUAUAGUGGUGCCCCCUGCAGGAUUGGAAGCCAGGAGCCCUUCACCAUGACGCCUACCUUUCCAGUGGCCUAUAACUCACUGGGGGCCGUGAUUGGCAUCGCAGUGCUGGGGUCCCUGGUGGUGGCCCUGGUUGCAUUGUUCAUUGGAUACCGCCAUUGGCAAAAAGGCAAGCAGCACCAACACCUGGCAGUGGCAUACAGCAGUGGGCGACUGGAUGGCUCUGAGUAUGUCAUGCCAGAUAUCCCUCUGAGCUACAGUCACUACUACUCCAACCCCAGCUACCACACCCUAUCACAGUGCUCACCUAUCCCCCCACCCCCUAACAAGGUCAGUGCUGGGGGAGGAGUGCACUGUGGAGAAAUGGGGAAAGGCCUGCUUCUCUGGAAAGCUCCAUCCUUGCUCCUUCCCCAGCAGGUUCCAGGCAGUCAGCACUUUGCCAGCCUCCAGGCCCCCGAGCGGCCAAGUGGAGCCCAUGGACCUGAUAACCACUCCACCCUGCCCGCCGACUGGAAGCGCCGAUGGGAGGCCCCUCCAGGGCCUCUGGACAGGGGCAGCAGCCGCUUGGACCGAAGCUACAGCUGUAGCUAUGACAGCAGUAAUGGCCCAGGCCCAUUCUAUGGUAAAGGGCCCAUCUCUGAAGAGGGGCUGGGGGCCAGUGUGGCUUCCCUGAGCAGCGAGAACCCCUACGCCACCAUCCGGGACCUGCCCAGCCUGCUAGGGGGCCCCCGGGAGAGCAGCUAUGUGGAAAUGAAAGGCCCUCCCUCAGGAUGUCCCCCGAGGCAGCCUCCUCAGGGCCUGGACAGCCAGAGGCGGCGGCACCCCCAGCCACAGAGAGACAGCGGUACCUACGAGCAGCCUAGCGCUCUGACCCACGACAGAGACUCCAUAGGGUCCCAGCACCCACAGUCUCUGGGCCUGACCCCCGGCCACUACGACUCACCCAAGAACAGCCACAUCCCUGGACACUAUGACCUGCCUCCUGUACGGCAUCCCCCAUCCCCCCCACUUCAGCACCAGGACCACUGAGGGGCCACAAUGGUGUGCAGAGGCCUGCACACCUGUUCUUGAUGCCCAAGGUUGGGGACAGAGCCAGCUGUACCCUGCCAGGAGCAGGGAGAGGUCUGGCAGGCCAUGUACAUGAACAUGUUUAUGAACAAGUUUAAUAGAGGAAAUGAAUGGAGAGAUGGGAGCCUGGCUCCUGGUUCCACAUUGGGACACUGGUUGGCAAGAAGCCUGCAUUCCCUUUCCCCAACCCACUGCUCCCCAAGGUUGCCAGAGCCUGUGUACAUACUGGUGGGUUGAAUGUUGCUGGAUAAUUCUGAUUUCAUAUCAGUGUAAAAAAUGUAUAUUGGGUACCUUUUUUUGUGCACUCCCAGGUG